AUCGCCUUCGCGGCUUUCGGAUGGCCGCAGCCAUGCCAGGCUUGUGGAGAGCAAUUGCCUUGGAGACCCUUCUGGGCUACGUCUCUUGGUCUCUCUACCACGGCCUGGGACCCAUGAUCUAUUACUUUCCCCUGCAAACGCUGGAACUCACCGGGCUGGAACUGUUCGGCAUAGCCUUUCUCUCUCCGAUACUCCUAACACUUCCUCCGUUCUGGAAACUAGUAAAUAAGAAGUGGACGCUCUCUCUGCUGAGAAUCAUCACUGUUGGCAGCAUAGCCUCCUUUGAGGCUCCAAAUGCCAAGCUGCGGCUGGUGGUCCUUGCACUUGGUGUGUCUUCUUCACUGAUAGUGCAGGCUGUGACCUGGUGGUCAGGAAGUGGACUGCAAAGGUACCUCAGAAUCUGGGGGUUCAUUUUGGGACACAUUCUCCUCCUUGUCCUCCGCAUAUGGUACACAUCGUUAAACCCAAUUUGGAGUUCUCAGAUGUCCAACAGAGUAAUAUUGGCAUUGAGUGCCAUUGCUGUGUUUGACUGCAUCGGGACAGGUGGCGACUACGGUAACCCCGAGGGGAAGAAACCCAGUGAGGUAGCCAAGGGCCCAGGCUCUCCAUCCAGUUGGCUGUUGCCAGGUGCUGCCUUCGGGAGCCUGCUGUUCCUCACUCACUGGAUCUUUGGAGAGGUCUCUAUUGUUUCCAGAUGGGCAGUGAGUGGUCAUCCCCACCCAGGGCCUGAUCCGAACCCAUUCGGAGGUGUGGUUCUGCUGGGCCUGGUAACUGGACUGAUGCUUUCUGGCUCAUCAUGGCUUCAUGAUGCUGCGAUAGCCUGGUGGGUGACAGGAGCCUCUUCGGCCAUGGGUCUCCUUUACUUGCGCACAUGGGCAGCAGCUGUUUCUGGAUGUGUACUAGCAGUCUUCACGGGCUCCAUGUGGCCUCAAGUGCUUGGACAUCUUGUGAACUCAGGGACAAGCCCUGGGGGAGCCAUGGCCACUGGCAUGAGCCUUUAUGUUCUAGAAGUAUUUUUCUGUGCCUGGUGCACAGCUUUCAAGUUUGUUCCUGGAGGUGUCUAUGCUAGAGAAAGAUCGGAUGUGCUUUUGGGGACCAUAAUGGUAAUUAUUGGAUUGAGUAUGCUGUUUGGACCUAAAAGAAACCUUGACUUUCUUCUUCAAACAAAAAACAGUCCUAAAGUGCUUUUGAGAAGGAGUGAAAAAUACAUGAAACUUACUUUGUGGCUGCUUGUUGGUGUUGGGUUAUUGGGAUUAGGACUACGAAACAAAACCUAUGAGAGGAAGUUAGGCCAAGGGGCGCCAGCCAAUGUGGUCUCAGCUGCCAUCUGGCCUUUCAGGUUUGGCUAUGACAACCAGGGCUGGUCAAAUCUAGAGCGUUCUGCUCAACUGCUCAAGGAGACAGGUGCAGAUUUUAUUACCAUUUUGGAGAGUGAUGCUUCUAAGCCCUACAUGGGGAACAACGACUUAACCAUGUGGCUGGGGGAGAAAUUGGGCUUCUAUACAGACUUUGGGCCGAGCACCAGGGAUCACACUUGGGGGAUUAUGGUGCUGUCACGGUAUCCAAUUGUGAGAUCGGAGCAUCACCUUCUUCCAUCGCCAGUGGGCGAGAUCGCACCAGCCAUAACCCUGACAGUAAACGUCUCCAACAGACUGGUGGAUUUCGUGGUGACACACUUUGGGAAUCAUGAAGAUGACCUCGACAGGAAGCUACAGGCUAUUGCGGUUUCAAAGCUACUGAAAAACUGCUCGAACCAAGUGAUAUUUCUGGGCUAUAUCACUUCAGAGCCUGGUUCCAGAGAUUACCUACAGCUCACAGAUCAUGGCAACAUGAAGGACAUUGACAGCUCAGAUCGCGACAGAUGGUGCGAGUACAUCAUGUACCGGGGCCUGACCAGGUUGGGUUAUGCAAGAAUUUCUCAUGCUGAGCUGAGUGACUCUGAGAUUCAGAUGGCCAAAUUCAGGAUCCCCGAUGACCCUGCCAAUUACAGAGACAACCAGAACGUGGUCAUAGACUACAGGGCAGUUCCCAAGAGCAUCCAAUUCAACCCCAGAUUUGGCUCUUACAAAGAAGGACACAAUCAUGAAAACAACCACCAUUUUCACAUGAAUACACCCAAAUACUUCAUUUGAACUUAUUGUUGUCAUCAAUCAAGGAAACCAUGUAGCCGCCCAAAGAAGAGUUUGAUGAAAGUGGAAGGAUACACAGGAAGAACCUCAAGAGUUAAGAAGUGUGAC